CUUUCAUUUUCCAUUGCCUACUAUUGUUUUCACUAUUUUAAUGUGAUGGUGGUUUUAAAGUUUCAAAAUGAAAACCAGCCUUUACUUAUCUGACUUAGACCUCCUCGACAAAAUGUGUUUUAUUUCAUUUUUGUACGCUUGAUAUUCAAUUCAAGUUUAUUUAUAUAGCGCCAAAUCACGACAAGAGUCGUCUCAAGGCACUUCACAUAAUAAACAUUCCAAUUCAUGUCAGUUCAUUAAGCCAAUCAGAAAUAAUUUUCCUAUAUAAGGAACCCAGCAAAUUGCAUCAAGUCACUGACUAGUGUCCGAGUCUUUACAGCCAUCCUCAUACUAAGCAAGCAUAAAGCGACAGUGGAGAGGAAAACUCCCUUUUAACAGGAAGAAACCUCCAGAGAAUCCCGGCUCAAUAUAAGUAGCCAUCCUCCACGACUCACUGGGGAUCAAGGAGACAGAGCGCACGCACGCACGCACGCACGCACACACACACACACACACACAGAAACUAAGCUAUGUUUUUAAAACCCUAAAAACCAUCACUAAUCACAAAAAAUGCGAUGCUAAGUCUCUUUAUGAGGCCAGUUAGGUCAAAUAUUGUGUUGAAAAUGGACACACAUUUUUUUAUUAUUCAAAAAUGUUUGAGCUAUCAAACUAGGUUACUAUCUUGACAUGAUUAAUGUUCUUUGGAACGUCAAAAGGAGUGGAAUCACCUCACAAAACACCAGCUAAAUGUUUUUGAAACAGUCUAGUUAAUACAAGUUAAACUACUCACGGUCCUAGGAGCUAUGUUGUCUGGGGCACUUUGUGCCCCUGGUAGUCUCCCAUGACAAAUUGGUCUUGGGUGAAGGGUGAGACAAAGAACGGUUCAGUGGAUCUUUCAUGGAUGUAAAUUCAAAGAGUCUGAGUACCUGGCCCGGAGGGUUACCGGGGUCCCACCCUGGAGCCAUACCUGGGGUUGGGGCUUCUUUACCCUUGCUAGGGUGAUGGAGGGGUCAUGGGAGUUUGCCCAACCAAUCCACGUGUUUUGUGGAUUUGGAGAAGGCUUAUGACCAUGUCCCCAGGGGCACCCUGUGGGGGACGCUCCAGGAGUAUGGGGCUUUCUGUUAAGGGCCAUUCAGUCCCUUUACCAGAGGAGCGUGAGUUUGGUCCGCAUAGCCGGUAGUAAGUCGGACCUGUUCCCGGUGAGGGUUGGACUCUGCCAGGGCUGCCCUUUGUCACCGGUUCUGUUCAUUACCUUUAUGGACAGAAUUUCUAGGUGCAGCCGUGGUGUGGAGUGUGUCGAGUUUGGUGGCAGGAGAAUCUUGUCUCAACGUUUGCGGAUGAUGUGGUCCUCCUAGCUUCAUCCAGCUCUGACCUUCAGCUCUUGCUGGGUAGGUUCACGGCCGAGUGUGAAGCAGCUGGGAUGAGGAUCAGCACCUCCAAAUCUGAGACCAUGGUUCUUGACCGGAAAAGAGUGGCUUGCCAACUCCGGGACGGGGGAGAGGUCCUACCUCAAGUGGAAGAGCUUAAGUAUCUCGGGGUCUUGUUCACGAGUGAGGGUAGGAGGGAUCGGGAGAUCGACAGGCGGAUUGGUUCGGCGUCUGCAGUGAUGCGGACGCUGAGCCGAUCUGUCGUGGUGAAGAGGGAGCUGAGCCAGAAAGCCAGGCUCUCGAUUUACCGGUUGAUCUACGUCCCAAUCCUCACCUAUGGUCAUGAGCUUUGGGUAAUGACCGAAAGAACGAGAUCGUGGAUACAAGCGGCCGAAAUGAGUUUCCUCCGUAGGGUGGCCGGACUCAGCCUUAGAGAUAGGGUGAGGAGCUCGGACAUUCGGGAGGGACUCGGAGUAGAACCGCUGCUCCUCCGGAUCGAAAGGAGUCAGUUGAGGUGGUUUGGGCAUCUGGUUAGGAUGCCUCCUGGACGCCUCCCUGGGGAGGUGUUUCGGGCAUGUCCUGCCGGCAGGAGGCCCCCGGGUCGACCCAGGACACGUUGGAGAGGUUACAUCUCCAAUCUGGCCCCGGAACGCCUUGGGGUCCUGCCGGAGGAGCUGGUGGAGGUGGCUGGGGAGAGGACGGUCUGGAGUUCCCUAGUUGGGAUGCUGCCUCCGCGACCCGGACCUGGAUAAGCGGAGGAAGACAACGACGAUGAUUAACAACUCCACUGUCAGCCAACUGGCCAAUAAGCGUCCUCCAUCUCUCCGCUGUCUCUCAUUUUCUAAUACUGAGGACAUUUCCAACUUCCAGAGACAGCUCUGCCUCCUUUACACGUCUGUUAUUCUUCUCAUCUAUGCAUAGGUGUUGAAAAGUGAAGCAGCACGAAGCUGACCUUAUAACAACUCCUGACCACGCCGCACCUGUGUCUCUGAGUCCAUGGAAGCUAAGGCCAAGUCUGGGGCUUCAGCACCCAAGGCAGCAUCCAAAGCAGAGAAGAAGGAGCCAGCAGCACCAUGCAAGGCUGACCCUGCCCCUGCAGCCCCUGAGCCUGAGAACCCCCCCUCCUCCAACGAUGGAGGAACAGCAGCUGAAUCAGCAGCAGCAGCAGGAAGUGAGGACGCUGCGGCCUCUGGCACAGACUCUCUGGAGCACCUGAAGCCUUUUCUCAUCGGUGGCGCUGUUAUUGCUGCAGGAGCCAUCUUGCUGGGAGCGUUGCUCCUGGCGAGGAGAAAUUAAAACCAAAUUAGAAGAACGGCUGACUAUAUGGUUUGGAUAAGAGAUUGGAAAGACAAUAUUUUAUUUAUUUAUUGUUUGUUUUUGACCUGAUCUCACGUGUAGAGAAUCACCCCAUUUAAGUUUUUACCAAGGCUGUAUAUGGAGAAUAAUUACACUAAUAAUACACGCAUGAAGUCUCAACAGUACAGCAUAAUGUAAAAUUAAUUAAAAAUAUUAUAAAAAGACUUAUUCCUCAGCUUGAUGCCUAAACCUUUUAAACACAACUGUCUGCUUUAUUUAGUUUAAUCCAGCGUGAGCAAAUAUUGACCUGAGGUUGCAAUAUUUGUGCAUUCCGACACAGUGAAUGAGCUUGGUUAAUUUUGUGUAAAUAUUUCAAAAUUAUAUAUCCACUGUGUUCAUGAUGUUUUUGAGCAAUCACAGUUCUCUUACUUUAAAAUAGAAUAUUUGAAAGAGUUGGUGAACGAACAGUCACGUUUAUGCAUAGCAAAGGAUUAUGGAUCUUUUGUUAAAAGAAACACCUGCACAGGUGGAAUUAGAUAUAUUGAGAUUAAGUAUGAGCAUGGGUACAGGCAACAGCUGACCUUCACAGGGCUAAUACUGGCCCAGUAAUCAACAAGGCCACCACUAAUAAUGUGGACUAGAGCCUAUUUGUGGCAAGAAUUUGCAGAUUUCCUCAACUUUCCAUCAUUUUCCAAGUGUGUCAAACUGACAUUUGUCAUUCUGGAAAGAAAAACCUUUUUAUUCAGUUCUGCCACUCAGGAAUAAAUCAGUGUUCCUGGGUUGAUUCUGUGGUGUCACUCGUUACAUCUACAUUGUACGUUGGAGGCAAAAAAAUAUGGUAAACCUUUGUAUUGAGCAGGGGUCUGCAAUCUACAGCUCUGGAGCCAAGUACGGCUCUUUGGAGCUUCCACAAUUGCUCUUAAUAAUGUAUUCUAAAAAUGGUAAAAUACUAAUUUUUAAAAAAAUAUAUUAAUAUAAUAAUGCAGAUUCAAGCUACUGUUCUGUAUUUUCACAGAAUCAAUUGCAUUCAAUUUCCUCAACAGAAUUACACUAUUUUUAUAACUUUCCUGAAAUACAGAAUGAUAUUCAUACAGUUUUUGCAAAAGUUUUAUUUAAUUUUUCCUAAUUUAAAAACUUAAUCAAAUCCCAUAGAGAAGAUACUGAUAGAAGAUAAAACAAGAGUUGUGACUAUAAUCUAAAAAAAAAAAAAAAAAAAAAAAAAAAAAGCCAGAAUCAUGAUUUCAACCUCAGAAUUCUGAUUAAUUUUUAGACAUUUCUCAAAAAUUCAUUGUCUGUUUUCUGAAAGCCCUGUAACAGUGUGGGAAACAGCUCUUUGGAUAGUAAAGGUUGCAGACCUCUGGUGAAGAGUAACAAAGACAAACUCAUUGGGUUUAAAAUAAACCAAAACAUUAUUAAACACUGAAAUAUGACACGUUCUGGGACAAAAGAAGAAGUUGGUUUGCGUGUUUAUUCUAACCUCUAUAUGGGUUUGAAAGCCCACAGCCAGUCAGCCACUAGAAUUGAGUCAAUUUUUAUGCCACUCUGUGUGUUUUCAAAGUCACCCACCAAAAAUAUGUAAUGAAAGCAUUUAUAAUAGCAUAAAAGUAGUACUCAUACUUCACUGAAAGGGGGAAAAGAAUUUGUUACUGCACAAACACACCUGUACAGUGGCUCACUAGCCUUUCAGCUUGCAACUGUAAAACUCAUCCGGUUGUCUCUGUUUAGUAGAAAGGUAGUUUUGACAACCAGAAUGUAUAGCUUCACCAUAUUUUUGACCCCCCCUAAAAAACUCAUAAGAGCAUAUCACCAUCACUAGACAGCUCCUCUGACAUGUUCAAAAAGUAGUAAGUCAACACAAAAAUAAAUUUCACCUUACAUUGUACAAUACAGUGUACUCUUAAAAAACAAAAGAAUAUGAAAACUCCUAUUUUCAUAAUUUCAACAGCGUAUAAAUGCAAUAAUUCAGGUAGGAUUCCUCAUUUAGCAUAUGUGCUGUAGCAAAUGAAAUUACAUAGAUGAUGUAUUACUGUAUAAUAUUACUGAUGGUAAUGAUAAUGACAUUUAUCAUGCUGACUGUAAAGAUGACUAUGGUGGAAAUAAUAUGUAUGUUUUAUAUUUUAAAUAUUUUCUUUAUGCACCCUCCUCUAUGAGUCCAAUCAUUUAAAUGUAAAAUAUGACAAAUCUGAAAUUCAAUCUUAUUAAAGGCAGUGAACCAGUC